AUGCUUGCCGACGACUUUACGUUGGUGCCGUCAACCAGUGAAAAGUGAGUUGAGUUUGGAGAGAACUCCUACUUUUAUUUGUUUACAUUGAAAAUCAAUAUCAUGUUUCUUUCAGAUGUCUUCUACCCGAUGUCGAGGACGAGGGACGUUUUGAUUCUCCAGUGAGUAUUUGUUAUUUUGAUGCCUGGCUCCAUUCGGAAUACGACGCAUUUUGCAGAAAGGACAGCGUAACCAGAGGCAUAUGAGCAGGAGCCAAUGUCCUUCGAAGUGCCAAGUGUGUCGGCAUCCGGCCACUGGGUACCACUACGAAGUGCCUUCCUGCAAUGGCUGUAAAACAUUUUUCCGAAGGUCCAUUCUCGACGGAAGGAAGUACUGCUGCCUCAAAAUGAAGAAAUGCAUGAGUGGCGACGAACCAACCGGUAGGUAAACCCUUAUCAAGAGCUGUUCGAGUGUAACAUUUUAAUAGACCUGACGAGGAGAAUGUGCAGAGCGUGUCGCUUCGAGAGUUGCGUCGAAGCCGGCAUGAACCCGUCGGCCAUUCAAGCAGAAGUGAAGAGUUCCGAUGGAGAAGAACUGAAAAAAGAGAUUAUGAUGAAGAGGCAGACUGUCGAGUUGAACACCACUCAAGUUAGAUUGCCUUCCGAAGUUGUAAUACUCCAGAUAACUUCUUCAGAUUGCUUCAAGUUUUGAGGAAAAGGUGAACGGGAUAAUUGAGAAGUUGACAAGGAUUGAGCUCAAAAUAGAGCCGCUCUACACCGGAGGCCUUCCUCCUGGAUUCAAAGUAAGCUUUCACAUAUGGAAACCAGUUGGAGAAUCAAGUUCAGGACACCAGAAGAUUGGAAGACGUGCUGCGUGCUCCCUUGAUUCUCUGCGUUGACGAAAUUCCGAACCCUUCAUAUUGCCCGGUUCCUGUAAACGAAAUAACUGGAGAGUGAGUUUUAAAGUGCAAAACUUUAUUAACAAACUGAUAUUAAUUGUACUUUUAGGACAAGAAUCCAUUCGGCCUGUUUCGUUCACACAUGCCUCCUUGCUAACGUGGAGUAUUCCAAAAUGUUCGAGUUUUGGAGCAAGAUUGACUUUGAAAGCAAACUACGUCUUAUGAAACACGCGACAAUCAUGUGCUCGGAUAUAAUGUCCGCCUUUUUCAAUUACAGUCAACUGAAGUCAGAUAAAUUGACACAUCCGAACGGACAAAUUUCCGGGCCACCUAGAUACAGGUAAGUUUUUCCUAAUGGGCAGUCUAUGAAAGAGAUUUCAGAUAUGGCGAAGCAGGCGCGAAACAUCAAGUGGGAAUGCAGAAAACAUUGGUAUCUCUGCUGAGAAACCAGCUGAACAGGGUCGAAUACUUGCUGCUCAAGGCGAUUGUGCUCUGCAAUCCAGCCGUCUGCGGACUUUCCAUCGACGUUCAGCAAGUGAUCGGCAAGGAAAGAGAGCAGUACGUCCGUUCCCUCCUCGCUUACUGCCUUCUCAGCCACGGAAAUCUGCACGGACCGGCCCGCUUCUCGGCCCUUCUUGCCAUCACGACGGUCCUGGAGAACCAGCAGAAAGCGGCCAAGGACUUCCACCAAUUGGCGAAAGCGACGGUUCUCAAGAACUCCAGCAAGGACUACAUACGAAUAAGUACUCUUUUUGAGCAAAUUAUCGAAUCAUAG